AUGUCCAUCCUCCGCACCCGGAACGGCUCCCUCCCACUCCUAGAGGGCUGCGUCGCCCAGGACAGUGGCCGGAGGGUCGCGCGAAGCCGCGAGGCAAAAAGCCCAGGCCCGACCAAGCGGCCUCCCCGCCCCCUCCGGCUUCGCUCCGAGCCGGCAGACGGCGCCCCGGGAGCUAACUUCAGCAGGGAAGAGGAAGCUCCGCGGCAAGUAACGGGCUAUGUAGAUUCCCCAGACGAGAAAAGGCUGUCUGUGCGUCUGCCUGCCGGCAGGACCGUCUCACCUCCCCUCUGCCAAGCCCGGGCGGCGCCAGCUCACUUGAGGAGGGCAGGGACGCCGCCACGGCCGCCGCGAUGGCCGUUACGGCACGAGGCCUCCGCUCUGCCGCCGCGUAGCUCUGGGGAGAGAGGCGGGGCGUGCGCGGCGGGAGGGCGGGGCUGCAGCGCCGACUGGUCGCGAGGCCCUGGGCGGACCCGCGCGGACAGGAAACCCCCCUCCCUGCCCAAUCUGAUAGGUUCAGUCUUCCCCUUCCCUCCUAUCACUGACGCGAGGGCGGUCUUCGACGCUCUGGGAUUGGGCGAGCCCGUCUGUCAAUCAAUUGCUGUGCUAGGUGUCGAGCUGAGGCUGCUCGGUGGAGAGGGAGUGAGAGAGACAGAAGCGCCCUGCCAGUUUCUGGGUUUUGUUGCUUCUGUGUCUCUGGCUGAUUAUUCUGGGGCCUUCCUCCUCAGCGCCACAGGAGAUUCCACAGCAGAACUGACUGCUUUCCGAGUUAAGCCCCGACUGCUCUGGGAGCUUCCUUCUGGUUUCUGCACCUGAAGAAGGUCUUACUAGCGGAAAGUUCUUAGGGACGGGAGCGAAAAUGAGAAGCAAACAAAAAGGCCUGAACGUAGAGUCCUGAGAGAAAAAUGUAAGACGUGUCCUUAACUUGAACCGCAAACCAAAAUAAGCUGAGUCUGAGGGCCUUCGAAGCGCCCUGGUGCGUGGAUAGCUUCCAUUCUUGGUUGCCGUAGCCUUGCUGUGAGGACAGUGACUUUCGUUGACAGGUCUGUUCUUUCUUAGCUGCCCAGCCCCAGACACCUGCCAUCAGUAAGUUGGUUCUCCCCACGGCGGAGCUUCAGACCCCAUCACCUGCCUCUUCCUCCCCAGCCAUCUCUGUGGCUCUGCUUAGGCGUUUGCCGCCCAGGGAAGCCUGAGAUGAGGAAUCUGAACUAAUUUCAUGGCUCCAGGGCCCCUGACUUUAUAUGGGGAUGUCCCCCUCCCAGGCAGAAAUGUCCAUUUCAGCUGUGUAAAGCAACUCCCCUGAGCAGAAGGAAUGUGAAACAACAGGACCAGAAGACUAGCCUCCGGAGCUACAAAUGUAUCAACUUGAAAUGCUGGGCAUAAAUGGAUUAAAAGGAUACAUAGUUGGUGUCUGCUUGAACAAUGGGCACAAUUCAAGCAUGAAAGCAGUAUUUGUAUCCAAAAGAGGUCCUUUCCUAUGCUACAUCCCACAACAUGAGGCCCAAGAUCACGUCUGUCCUAACGGUGAAAAUAUUAACACUCAUCCCUAUCAUUUUAGUGGGAAUCCUUAGACAUAACCCUUAUGGUGCCUAAGGCAAAUCGCACUUGGUAAUAAGAACUUCUUUCUUUAGUUACCAGACUAACCCCUAAAAUAGUAAAAAGUCUUAGAUAUAAAGCUAGCUAGUGCAACUUGAUUAUAAGAUAGUGAUUUAAAUGUAGGCAUUGGUGUGAUAUUUGACACUCAUGAGUCAGACUGGCUUUGAACUAAAUAUUUAUCAGAAACUGAUUGGUUACUACCUUAUACCUGAGAAGCCAAGUCCUGAGAAACCUUAUUACCCUGGUACCCUUGGACAGUCUUGCCCCUGAAUGAAAAUAAACAGACCAUACCUAACUGGUCACCUGAAAGGGAAGACCCAACAACCAUCUUUCCAGGAUAUUGUGAGACAUCACGAUAUGCAUAGGAUCUGUGCUAUUAAACAUACCUUCUGAGACCUACUGAGAGAAGCCAUUCUCCCUCCAAACUGAUGAAAAAGGGGACCAUAUUCUGAUGCUCCAAAGGCUGUGAGCAUGAGUCUACCCAUCCUUGUGCUGAACCCUGCCUAACAUAACCUUUAACACCCCUCUUUGAAUUCUCUCUCUUCUCCACUGCAACCCAUGAGGAUCAGAAGAAUUAGAGGUAUCAUUUAAGUCUGCUUGUAUUUUAUUAAUACUCUGUGAGUCUAUAUCUUUUUGUAAAGGCCUACUGUUUUAGUGGGAAAAGAACCUCCUUUUAAGCUCCAACCUCUGGAACUAGAAAAUUAGUUAUUAAAUAAACUAACAAAGUAGAAUUUGAAAGACAAGA